AUGGACAGGAUACGGGAGCUGUUGCAGGGACAACAGCAACAGCCCUAUGAGCCUUUGGAGAGGGGCGACAGGUUCAGGGAGGAUGACGAGCAGACGGAGCAAGAGGAGGGAAUGGACAAGCCGCCCUUUGUGUGGUUUGAUUACAUUGUCUUCUUCCUGCUCGGCGUUGCCAUGCUAUGGGCCUGGAACAUGUUCCUCGCAGCUGGGCCGUACUUCCAGCACCGCUUCUCCUCCAACGAGACCAUCUUGCACAACUUCCAGUCGGCCGAGCUCACCAUUUCGACGGUCGUGAACUUGGGCGCCAUGCUUGUUCUCGCUGAGAUGCAGGCCCGCGCGAACUAUCCGAAGCGCAUCAUAGCCUCUCUAGGCGUGCUCGUUGUCACUUUCAGCCUUCUCGCCAUCUCCACAAAGCACUUCCUCUCCGUGUCUGCGGGCGCGUACUUUGUCUUCAUGAUGCUCAUGGUGGGUGCCGCCAGCUUCGGCACUGCGCUGUGCCAAAACGGCGUCUUCGCGUACGUGACGGGCUUCGGGCGGGAAGAGUACACGCAAGCCAUCAUGACAGGCCAGGGCCUCGCGGGCGUGCUACCCUGCAUCUUCCAGAUCGUGUCGGCUCUCGACCUACCAGCCAACGAAGACGAAGUGGCCCGCGAGGAGCCCAAUGACGCGUUCCGCUACUUCAUACUCGCGACACUCAUCUCCCUCAGCGCGCUGGCCGCCUAUCUACUCCUCCUGUUCCGGUACCGCGCACACCCGCUGCACAAAACCUCGGCCGGCAGCGUCGACGACCUGCAAAACUCGCAGCACAGCCUGCUGUCGGGGUCCGUGCCGCGCGCGCCGGUGCCGCUACUCACACUGCUGCGCAAGCUCUUCUGGCUCGCAACGGCCGUGUUCCUCACCUUCGCCGUAACGAUGAUCUACCCCAUCUUCACGCAAGAGAUCCAAUCAGUGCGCAGCGGGACGGCCGACACGCCGCGCCUCCUCCAGCCCGACGCCUUCAUCCCACUCGCCUUCCUCUUCUGGAACGCCGGCGACCUGCUCGGGCGCAUCCUGCCGGCGGUGCCAGCGCUGUCGCUCACGAGCCACCCGCGCGCCGUCUUCGCCCUCGCCGCCGCCCGCAUCGUCUUCCUCCCCCUCUACCUCCUCUGCAACGUCAAGGGCCGCGGCGCUGUCCUCGCCUCCGACGCCGUGUACCUCGUGCUUGUGCAGCUGCUGUUUGGCCUCAGCAACGGCUUCGUCGGCAGCACGUGCAUGAUGGGCGCGGUCGAGUAUGUGGGUGAGGACGAGCGCGAGGCCGCGGGCGGGUUUAUGGGCUUGUGUCUUGUGUCGGGCUUGACGGCGGGGAGCCUGCUCAGCUUCGUCGUGUCAUGGGCGCUGUGA